AUGUGCAUAUGUGAUGAUAUUGUUGACUGCGAUACAGAAGGCGAUGAAGUCACCUAUGAAGAAAGCAAUGGUGAAGCUCAGGUACUUGUGCCAUGGUGUUGGAAGGAUUCAGGGUUUGCGAUGGAAAAUGGCAUGGGUUACCUUUUGGAAAAGUCUGGAACGGUACUAACCGACCAUUUGCCAUUAUGGAGGAUGCUUUGGACGAUAGUGGCCGAAGCUCGUGAAGAAGAACAGGAGGACGUACACGUUCAAGAUGCGAUCAGUGAAAAUUCAGAUGAAGAAGGAGAUGUGACGAUGAAAACCAGGAUCAGGGACUCAUCGCCUGUUUAA